CGUGGGUGUAGACUGUACAAGGAAGUGAAAUGAUUGUGUUACAAGUUAUGACUGGACUUUGGGUUUACUUCUGUGUUGUGUCAAAUGACGUGAAGCCGGCUCAGACCUUUCCAGCAAACAACAGAUCACAGCUCCACUGAAGUUUGAUUUAUACCAGGAAGAGGAUUACAGGAUUGUUGGACUCAUUCUUUUUUGUCCUCACUUCCAAUGGGGGAGACUCUCCCAAGGGCUCUGGGAGGAGCUCCGCUCCAGGGGGACAAACUGAGGAGAAUGGUGCGGACCUUCAGGGUCAAGAUGGUCCUUCUGGGAAGUUCUGGUGUGGGAAAGUCGAGUUUGGCAUUGCGAUUUGGCAAGGAUGAAUUCAGGAGUGCAUCACCUACUGUAGGCUGUGCCUUCCUGACCAGAGUGGUGCAUCUAAGUGACGUCACCCUUCGAUUUGAAAUCUGGGACACGGCAGGGCAGGAAAAAUACCACAGCGUCACCCCUCUCUACUACAGAGGAGCUCAUGCUGCACUGUUGGUCUACGAUAUCAGCAGGAGGGAGACAUUUAUCAGAGCUCAGCUGUGGCUCAAAGAGCUCAAGAAACAUUCCAUCCCAGGGUCCAUUGUCAUAUGGCUGGUUGGCAACAAAGGGGAUCUGGCUGAGGCUCGGCAGGUCCCAGUAGAGGAAGGACAAGCUCUGGCCAGUGACACAGAAUUGUUCUUCACAGAGACAUCGGCCCUGUCAGGGGAUCAAGUUAGUGACCUUUUACUCGGUAUAGCCCACAGAGUGUACGAGUGUAUCGGGGAGCAGCAGGGAGGUCUGUCAGAAUGGCAGGAGACUCCCCUGGUGGAUAUGCAUCACAGGAAGACAUUCAGUCCUCUUGCUUCCUGCUGUAAGGCUGGGCCCUAGAUCUGUAUAGAUGCCUGUUGGUGAUGGAUGCACAUGGAUAAACUGAUCUAAACUAAAAUCUUUGGAUUUAAGAAGAAACCAGCCACACCAGUAAUUCAGACUGAUCAGUUUUGCUGUGUGUGUUUUUACAGUACAAAUGAAGACAAACUCAUCUUGGCUUCAUUUGGUUAACUACAUCUCCCCUGCUGUCAACUCACUUAAUCUGUAAAACAUUGUCUCCCAUGCUUUCUGCAUUCUCACAGUUUAUCUUUGCAGGGUGUCUCCAAAUGUGGAUUUUUACAGCUCACUGAUUUAAAACACUGCCAUGUUCUUACAGUACGUGAUAAAUUGCAGUAAACACUUAAAGCAGCUUCAUUGUGCAGAUUGAACCCAAGCUUCUGUAGGGUUGUGGGGUUGCUGGUCUUUUAGUUUGAAUAAGAAAAAUCUCCUGCAGAUAAAAAGCAACAUAUGACUAAUUCUUUUUUUUUUUACUUUGAUAAUAUAAAUGUUUUAAAUAAAAAGCCAUUCUGGCUGCAGCAUUGCA